CUGCGUCCACCUCCGUUUCCCCCCCUAUCGCAUCCUCUUCUCUCCUCCCUUGCCCCCGCUGCGCCUACUGGCUCUCUGCCCCCGUCCUUCUCUUCCCUCCACGCCACUCUCGCGCCGCGCCAUCCCUCCCUCUCCUGCCCCGUCUCCGUCCCGCCCCGCCGCCCCCGCGUCUCGUCUCGCCGUCGGGUUUGCACGCGCCGCGCCCUGCCGGUUGUGCCUGAGGAGGAGGCGGCGCGCCGUGGGACGACGACGAGGAGGAUCGGGGAUGGAGGUGGGCGAGAUGGACGACGUGCAGGCGGUAGGGGAGCAGGUUAUCAGCAGCAGGGGCGGCUCCGUGCUCGGGAAGAAGACCAUCCUCAAGAGCGACCACUUCCCCGGCUGCCAGAACAAGCGCCUCACCCCGCACAUCGACGGCGCGCCCAAUUACCGACAGGCAGGAUCCUUGCGUGUUCAUGGUGUUGCAAUGCCGACGAUGAAAGGAAUCGUGAAUGUGCUAAACCAUAUUGGAGCACAAAAAAAGGGAAAACAAACCCGAGUUCUGUGGCACAGUCUUCGAGAGGAACCAGUUAUCUAUAUCAAUGGUCGCCCUUUUGUUCUGCGAGAUGUUGAAAGGCCCUUUUCAAACCUUGAAUAUACGGGAAUCAACCGGGAGAGAGUGGAGCAGAUGGAAUUUCGCUUGAAAGAAGACAUUCUGCAGGAAGCCUCAAGAUAUGGGAAUAAAAUCCUAGUUACUGAUGAGCUGCCAAAUGGUCAGAUGGUUGACCAGUGGGAGUCAGUGAUGUCUGACACAGUUAAGACUCCACUUGAGGUCUACGAGGAGUUACAACAUCAAGGAUACCUUGUUGACUACGAGCGUGUUCCUAUUACUGAUGAAAAAGCUCCAAAGGAAGGAGAUUUUGACAAUCUGGUGCGUCGAAUCUCUCAAGUUGAUAUAGAGACUGAAAUUGUGUUUAAUUGUCAAAUGGGGAGGGGACGGACUACUACUGGUAUGGUCAUAUCUACAUUGGUUUACCUAAAUCGGAUAGGAGCUUCAGGUAUCCCAAGGACAAGUUCAAUUGGGAAGGUCUUCUAUGCUGUAAAUGAUGUAGAUGACUUCAGUCCUAGCUCAGAAGAAGCAAUUCUUAGAGGAGAAUAUGCUGUCAUUAGGAGCUUAGUCCGAGUUCUGGAGGGUGGUGUUGAAGGCAAAAGGCAGGUCGACAAAGUUAUUGAUAAAUGUGACUCUAUGCAGAACCUAAGAGAAGCUAUUGCGACCUACCGCAGUAGCACCCUUCGGCAACCUGAUGAGAUGAAACGGGAGGCAUCACUUUCCUUCUUUGUGGAGUACUUGGAACGUUAUUACUUUCUCAUAUGUUUUGCUGUCUAUGUACAUUCUGUGAGCUCUGCUCAUCAAGCAACUUCUUCAGAAGUUAGUUUUUCGGAUUGGAUGAGAGCAAGACCUGAACUGUACAGCAUUCUUCGAAGGCUGCUGAGGAGAGAUCCAAUGGGUGCUCUCGGUUAUUCAAGUUCAAAACCCUCUCUUCCGAAAAUUAUUGAAUCAGCUGAUGGACGUCCCCAUGAGAUGGAUGUUGUUGCUGCCAUGAGGAAUGGAGAAGUUCUGGGACGUCAAACUGUUUUAAAAAGUGAUCACUGCCCAGGGUGUCAGAAUCUCAAUUUACCUGAAAGAGUGGAGGGUGCACCUAAUUUUCGGGAAAUUCCAGGAUUUUCAGUCUAUGGUGUUGCAAAUCCUACUGUUGAUGGCAUUCGAGCUGUUAUUCAGCGUGUUAGUACAAGCAAGGGGAGGCGACCAAUACUCUGGCAUAAUAUGAGAGAAGAGCCAGUUAUUUAUAUAAAUGGCAAACCAUUUGUGCUACGAGAAGUGGAAAGGCCAUACAAGAAUAUGCUCGAGUACACGGGGAUCGGUCGUGAUAGAGUGGAGCGCAUGGAAGCUCGGUUGAAGGAAGAUAUUUUACGGGAAGCAGAACGGUAUGAUGGAGCCAUAAUGGUUAUUCAUGAAACUGACAAUGGUGAGAUCUUUGAUGCAUGGGAAAAUGUCAGUACCGAUGCUGUUCUCACUCCUCUGGAGGUAUACAAACGUUUGGACUCGGAAGGCCUUCCAAUCAAAUAUGCACGAGUGCCCAUAACUGAUGGUAAAGCCCCCAAAAGUUCAGAUUUUGACACAAUAGCCUUGAACGUCGCAGCUGCUUGCAAGGAUGCUGCUUUUGUAUUCAAUUGCCAGAUGGGCAGGGGCAGAACAACUACAGGCACUGUCAUUGCUUGCCUGCUUAGACUCCGAAUCGAUCAUGGCAGAUCUAUUAGAAUGCCAACUAUCCAAGAUAAUCAUGAGGAUACAAAUGGUGCUGAUUAUUCAAGUGGAGAAGAAACAAUAGACCAUAAUGGUCACUUGAAUUCAGAAUCAUGGGAACUUCAGACUUUGACAGACGUACACCCUAGAUUUGACAUUAAUGACAUCCUUCUGUUGCGGAAGAUUACAAGAUUAUUUGACAAUGGAGUUGAGUGUAGGCAUAUUUUAGAUACUGUUAUUGACAAAUGUUCAGCUUUGCAGAACAUUCGCCAAGCUGUUUUGCAGUACACAAAAGUAAUUAAUCAACAAAAUAUGGAGCCAAGAGUUAGGAGAGUCGCAUUAAAUCGUGGCGCUGAAUAUUUGGAGAGGUACCUGAAAUUAAUUGCAUUCUCGGCAUACCUUGGGAGUGAAGCAUUUGAUGGUUUCUGCGGGCAAGGAGAAACAAAGAUCUCAUUUAAAAACUGGCUCCAACAGCGGCCGGAGAUCCAAACCAUGAAAUGGAGCAUAAGACUGCGACCUGGGCGAUUUUUCACUGUACCUGAUGAACCUAAAGCAACAUGUCAACCUCCACAAGGUGAUGUUACAAUGGAAGCCAUUGUCAAAGCACGUAAUGGUUCUGUUCUGGGAAAGGGAUCCAUACUCAAAAUGUAUUUCUUUCCUGGACAGAGAAGGUCAAGCAGCAUGAACUUCCGUGGCGCGCCACAUGUUAUCAAGGUGGAUGGAUACCCUGUGUAUAGCAUGGCAACACCAACUGUUGAUGGAGCAAGAGAUGUUCUGUCGUAUUUGGGCUCUAAAGAUACAACUGGAAGAAGCAUUGCCCAAAAGGUGGUCGUCACGGAUAUUAGGGAGGAAGUGGUAGUUUACAUCAAGGGAACACCAUUUGUUUUGAGAGAACUAGAUCAACCUGUUGAUACACUGAAGCAUGUUGGCAUAAGUGGCCCAAUGGUAGAGAACAUAGAGGCAAGGCUGAAGGAGGAUAUACUCUCUGAAGUUAAGCAGCUAGAUGGUCGGCUGCUUCUGCAUCAAGAAGAAAUUAACACAACCACAAACCAGUGUAGUGUGUUAGGUUAUUGGGAGCACAUAGAUCUGGAGGAUGUGAUGACACCAGCUGAAGUGUACAGCACAUUGAGAGCUCAGGGGUAUUGUAUUGACUACAAAAGAAUACCUCUCACCAGGGAAAGAGAAGCAUUAGCUGCUGAUGUAGAUUCGAUACAAUCGUCAAUCGAUGAAUCUGCUAGGUACUAUCUCUUUAUUUCACAUACAGGAUAUGGUGGUGUUGCGUAUGCAAUGGCCAUUACAUGCCUGGGACUUGGUGCAGAUGCGAAGUUUGUCAUGGAACAAACAGCGGAAACACACUUUGUAUCAACUUAUCUUACAAAAAGUGUAUCAGUCAAAACCUCCACUGACAUAGCCCUCAGGCAGGGUGACUACCGUGAUAUACUAAACCUUACUAGAGCACUCGUACAUGGCCCUAAGAGCAAAGAAGAGGUUGACAGAGUUAUUGACAGGUGCAUCGGUGCCGGGCAUUUGCGGGAGGAUAUUCUGCAAUAUAGGAAGGCAUUGCGAGAUUGUUCACAUGAUGAUGAUGAUGAUGAGGCAUGGUCAUAUCUCAUGGAUAUGGGUACUAAAGCUUUGAGGCGGUACUUCUUUCUGAUCACAUUUAGGUCCUACCUCUAUUGUACAUCCUUACGCGAAGCAACAUUUGCAUCAUGGAUGGAGGGUAGGCCUGAACUCGGCCACCUUUGUGAUAACUUAAAGCUGGAUAGGUAGAAUAUAUCUUAUCAUGGCCAUAAAUUUGGAGCUUCGGCAGUCUUUGACUCGUUUGCCCAUCGGCUGUGGACCUGAGAACAUGGAACUGAAACGAAAUGACUGGGGAGGACACAUAUGAAUUGGAAAUGAUAGUUUGUAUUGGCUGAAACUGGGGCGUUGUAUGAAACUUGUUUCUGCCAAUUGACAGCAGCAAGGAAUGUAUAUAUUGUCAAGCUUAAAUUUUAGGACAAGAAAAACAGUUUUCCGACCUACCUGUUUUCUCCUUCUUCCUUUCUCCAGUCAUAGUAUGUAAUUUCAUUCAGAUACAUGGCCCUUUUAUCUGCAACAUCCGGCCUCAUUGCUCAACAACUCUGGCUUUCAUGAGAGCACCUUUACUGUCAA